CUCCCUUUGAUUCCUCAUUCCUCAUUUCUGAUCCUGCAUUCCUCUUCUCUCCUCAUGUAUCCUUUGUAUCGCCUCCACAGCCAUCAAUCUCCUUUUUAAUACCUAACUGUUUGGGAUAACGGUGUCAGCCCGUCCUUGGUUGUCUUUCUGCUCUCGCCUUUCAGGAAGGCUCCGCGUCGCAAACCAUCAUGGGCCUCUCGAAAACCAACAGGAUUAUGAUCCUGUUGGUCAUUGAUACGGCGUUCUUUUUGCUGGAAUUGAUUGCUGGUUACUCCGUCCACUCGCUUGCCCUCGUCGCGGAUUCGUUUCAUAUGCUGAAUGAUGUGAUCUCGUUGCUCGUCGGAUUGUGGGCUGUCAAAGUGGCCAACCGCGAAACGUCAUCCAAGAUGUACACCUACGGAUGGCAACGGGCCGAAACCCUGGGUGCGCUAGUCAAUGGUGUAUUUCUCGUUGCUUUGUCUUUAUCUAUUUUCCUCGAAGCGAUACAAAGAUUGGUUGAGCCACAGGAGGUCAGGAACCCCAAGCUUGUCUGCGGAGUGGGAUGCGCCGGAUUGCUGUCGAACAUCCUGGGACUGGUUCUGUUUCACGAUCAUUCGCACGGCCACGGCCACGGACAUGGACACUCUCAUGAGGAUGCGGAGGGCGUUGAUGCCGCGGAGCAAGGCCAGGUCCACGAUCACGGCCACUCGCAUGCGGGGCGCGAUGUAGCGGGCGCAAUAACUGAACCCACCGCCGCUUAUUCCCGGCGACGGACAAUUGACAGCCAGCACCGCAGCUCUCGCCGAGGCUUUGAAGAUAUUGGCGGCCACCCGGCUAGCAUGAGGCAGGACAUAAUUUUCGCGGCUAACCGAAACAAAUUUCCCGAUGAGGACGACAGCUAUGAGUCAGAUGAACGCGCGGAGGACGGUGCGGGAGAUAAUGGCGGGCCUACUGAACGGUCGACGCUGUUAGGCCACACGGACCGAGCAGCCAAUUAUACAGACGAGCACGCUCCUGUUAGGGACCAAACGAAGAAAGACCCUCACGAGACUCACAACCACGCUCAGCCUAAGCCCAAGGACAAAAAGCACGGCCAUGAUCUCAACAUGCGAGGAGUCUUUCUCCACGUCAUGGGGGACGCCCUAGGCAACAUUGGCGUCAUCCUGUCUGCUCUUGUUAUCUGGCUGACCGAUUAUUCUUGGAGAUUUUAUGUGGACCCUGGUAUAUCGCUCGUUAUCACGGUGAUUAUUCUGGCGUCAGCAAUUCCUCUCUGCAAAGCUGCCUCUCGCAUCCUGUUGCAGGCCGUGCCACAUGGAUUAAGCAUUGACCACAUCAAGGAAGAUAUUGAGAGCCUUCCUGGUGUCAAAGGGUCUCACCAUCUCCAUGUAUGGCAGCUCAGUGACACUAAGACUGUCGCUUCGAUCCAUAUCCAAGUGGACACCGAGAUCAAAGGCGAGGGUUCUGAGCGUUACAUGCACCUUGCCAAGCAAGUAAGACAAUGCUUACACGCCUAUGGCAUCCAGUCAUCAACCAUCCAGCCAGAGUUUCCUCGCGACAGUGAUACAGAAGACAACCAGGUGGGCUCAGCUCACCUGCCAUCGGGCAGUCCCAGCCGCACCCCAAGUAUUCGAGACGGCGAUCCUCAGGCCUGCCUGUUAGAAUGCGGCGAUGAGUGCGCCGGCGGUCACUGCUGUCCCACAAAGCCCACCUAGAGUCCUCUACAUCCGUUAUCUUUUGGCCUAUUUAUACUCUUGUCUUAUUACUAGCUGUUUCCAAAAGAGCCUGCCCCGACCUUGCAUUGUUUAUACCCCAUUCCUCAACUGUGUCAAAUUACUCCUGUUGCGUCAUAUGACUACUUAUAGAUAGCCUAAUGCUACGCAUGAUACCUACUCUGAGA